UAAGGUUAAUAAAGAUCGUUAAAAAAUUUGAUUGAAAUUAAAAAGAAAACAAUGAGUGUUCCUAAAAGAGGUCCCGUGUAUGACCCUGGCUUAUGUAGAUGUUGUGGUAACAUUAAAAAAUGCAGGCUUUUAAAUGUUGAGUAUGAUCACCUUGGACAGAAAGAAAUUUAUUCGGAUAUAUUCGUUGAUUGCUUUGGUUUCAUUUUAUCUCAACUGGACGGCGAACCAGAUGGGAGAUUAAUAUGUGCAACAUGUGUCAUAAGGUUACGUGAAGCGAACAGCUUUCGACUACAGGUCUUGUUAUGUGAAGAAAGACUCUUAGCCAGGUUUCAAGAUGAUGAUAAGCCAAUAAAGGAAGAAAUUAUCAUCAAGGAUGAAGUUUCUCUGGAUGCUGAGCCGAUGUAUGACGAUGAACCUGCUGAUGAUAUUCACAGUGAUAGCUUAGAACAACAAGAACAUCCUAAGAAGAAAAGUACCAAGCAUCACUCGAAGAGGAAAACAAAGAAAAGCAAGAGAACCAAAGAGAAUAUAACAGAUGAAACACUUCUCAAAGUUGAAAGACUUAAUAGGAGGCUGCAAGAGAUGCAAUAUAAUGACACUUUCCCGAAAGCAGAAAAAAAAGAAGAAACAUCACUAUCCUUAGAAAAUAUUAUAACACUGGUGGAGAAUUCGUAUGUGUGUCCAUUCGACACAUCAUUUAGUGACUACUUCUGUGUUUACUGCAGAACUAUAUUUACUGAUCCGAUAAAAUUAAGAGAGCAUACAUACACACAUGACCCACAGACUAUCAAAGACGUAUUGGCCAAAUACACAGCAACAAAGAAAAUACAACUCGACCUCUAUAGAGUAGACUGUCGGCUGUGUACGGAAGUCAUAACUGACAUUGGCAGUUUGAAACGUCACCUAGCGUCACACGGGAAGACAGUUCACGAAGCGCCAAACGAGUUUUUGGAGUUUAAAUUGACAUCUGGAAAGCUGUUUUGUUUGGAAUGUGGACGAGGAUUUGCAUUUUUUCACGCUCUAAAAAAACAUAUGGCACAGCACUUUGGCACGUGUAUCUGCGAUGUGUGCGGUGCACAUUAUUUCGAAGAACGAAUGUUGUACCUUCAUCAGAAAACUCACCAGAAGAGUGAUGAGGUGUUCAAAUGUGUUGAGUGCGGUAAAGAGUUCAAAUCCAAAUACACAAGGUAUUUGCACAUAUUCAAGAUGCAUAAAAAUGAAGCCGCAUACCCUUGCAGUAAAUGUGAUGAAAUGUUUUUCUCAUACAGCCUUCGGUAUCGUCAUAAGAUCGAUGUUCACGGUGAAGAAAGACAAUUUAAAUGCGAAGUCUGUGACAGAUCAUAUGACAGCAGGAAAUCCUUACGAGAACACAAUAGAAGACUGCAUUUAAAGAUAUUAAAGCAUGCUUGUCAUAUGUGUGACAAACGUUUUUACCUACCUUCACGGUUAAAAGAACAUUUGGCGACUCAUACAGGUGAGAGAAACUUCAGGUGUGAUUUUUGUGGAAAAACUUAUCCGCGUCUAAGAGGUUUAAAAGUGCAUAUGCAGGCACAUAUUAUAGAUAAAAAGUUUAAAUGUGAUUUGUGUGGGAUUACCUUUGCACAUAAAGUAAGUUUGAAGAUUCAUUUGAAGAGACAGCAUCAAAAUGAGAGUUUUAACCAGCCUAACUGAUCACAUUUAUCGAUGAGUCAUGUGAUAACACCGUCAGUGAGGUUGAACUACCUAUGUUGGUGGUCUCUUUUUCGCUACAGUUAAUUAUGGAGAAUUAUGCAGUCGAUCCAGUCUCGACAUUCACAUAGAUCUGUGUUCAAAUUUGGCGUACCAAUGUAAUAUAUCUCUGUUUUUGCUAAUUGAUAAGUAAUAGCCACAUUAAUGUACAUUGAUAAGAUUGAAA